AUGACCCGGCGGGUUUUCCUUGAAGCAGACCAGAUAGCCGCAGUGGUAGGAACAAACAAACUUUCAUCUGGAGGAGAUCAUUAUGAGAUAAAUAAAAUUAUAAUUCACGAGAAUUUUGUAGCUGAGCGUCUCCAGAAUGAUAUAUCACUGUGUCAAAUAAAAGAAGAAUUUAACUUCAAUGAUAGGGUAAAACCGAUAAGGUUAGCUUCGAGACCUAAUAUUAGACCUGGAUCGAGGUGUGUAUUGACAGGGUGGGGAUUCACAGAUAACCAAAGAACAGUACCGGACAAUCUUCAAGUGUUAACUGUAACGGUAAUGAGUAAUAGGCGAUGCUCAGAGAAACUGGCACAGACGAGUGACGUCUUACGCCUAUUGAUAAAACCCAAAUGUGCACAUUGA